CCGGCGGAAGCGAGGGAGGGACUUCCUUUUCCGGGUACGGGUCCCCAGGCGGAGGGAGAGCGAGGCAGCCGGAGCGCUUGAGCCCCCGGGCGCAGGACGGAGAGGCCGACAAAUGGCUGCUAAAAUUGGAGAAAUUUCUCACUUGAACAAUUCUACACCACUUGUGGACCCCUCUGUGUACGGUUAUGGAGUAAAACGGGCCUUGGACGAUGGAAGUCUUCGCGUAAAUUGGAUGCAUGGACCACAGAUAAGAGAAAACCAAAGAAUAGGUAACCAGUUAGGGGCCCUAGUACAUCAAAGGGCAGUAAUAACCGAAGAAUUCAAAGUGCCUGACAAAAUGGUUGGCUUCAUUAUCGGCAGGGGUGGUGAGCAGAUCUCCCGGAUUCAGGCAGAGUCAGGGUGCAAAAUUCAGAUUGCACCAGACGGCGGUGGGAUGGCGGAACGGCCUUGUAUGCUCACCGGAUCCCCAGAGAGCAUCGAACAAGCGAAGCGGUUACUGGGCCAGAUCGUGGAUCGGUGUCGGAACGGGCUGGGCUUUCACAAUGACGUGGACAACAACAGUACAGUACAAGAAAUUCUUAUCCCGGCAUCCAAAGUGGGCCUGGUCAUUGGCAAAGGCGGUGAAACGAUAAAGCAGCUGCAGGAACGAACAGGCGUGAAAAUGAUUAUGAUCCAAGAUGGCCCUUUACCGACUGGAGCAGAUAAACCUCUUCGGAUUACCGGAGAUGCUUUUAAAGUACAGCAAGCCAGAGAGAUGGUACUGGAGAUCAUCCGAGAAAAAGAUCAGGCAGACUUCCGGGGCGUACGCAAUGAUUUUACGUCCAGAAUGGGAGGAAGCAUAGAGGUCUCCGUACCCAGAUUUGCGGUGGGAAUUGUAAUAGGAAGAAACGGCGAAAUGAUCAAAAAGAUUCAGAACGACGCAGGGGUUAGGAUUCAGUUUAAACCAGAUGAUGGCAUUAGCCCAGAAAGGGUCGCACAGGUCAUGGGCCUUCCCGAGCGAUGCCAGCACGCGGGUCACAUCAUCACUGAGCUCAUUCUCACGGCACAGGAGCGCGAUGGGUUCGGGAGCCUUGCCAUCACCCGGGGGAGAGGGCGUGGCCGGGGAGACUGGAGCGUGGGCACGCCUGGCGGCAUGCAGGAAAUCACUUACACGGUGCCAGCUGAUAAAUGUGGCCUGGUGAUUGGCAAAGGAGGUGAGAACAUCAAGAGCAUAAAUCAGCAAUCGGGGGCUCACGUGGAACUCCAGCGAAAUCCCCCUCCCACCACGGACCCUAACAUUCGGAUAUUCACCAUACGGGGGGUCCCCCAGCAGAUUGAGCUCGCAAGACAUCUGAUCGAUGAAAAAGUCGGAGGCCCCAGCCUGGGCGCACCCGGAGGAUUUAGCCAAAGUCCGUUCAGCCAGCCACCUGCGACAACCCAUCAAAACGGUCCUCAGGCGUUCAUGACCCAAGGCUGGGGAAGCACCUACCAGACGUGGCAGCAGCCGGGCCAGCAGGUUCCAAGUCAGCAAAGCCAGCAGCAGAACAGCCAACCGGAUUACAGCAAGGCAUGGGAAGACUACUACAAAAAGCAGAGUCACGCUGCCACAGCUGUUUCUCAAGCCAGCAGCCAGCCAGACUACACGAUGGCGUGGGCAGAGUAUUACCGACAGCAGGCAGCCUAUUAUGGGCAGACGUUAGGACAGGCUCAGGCCCACAGCCAGGAGCAGUAGAACAACUGUUUUGAUUCUUCUCUUCCUUUUCAUUUUCUUCGAAUCAUUGUGGAAACAAACCUUUUUUGUAACAGAGGUUUCUAGAUUUGCAACCGUUUGAUGAAGACUUCUUUCUUUCUUUUUCUUUCUCUCUUUCUUUCUUUCGUGAAACACUAGUUGUUAGGAUAAUCUAUACUGAACUUUUUCUAAAAAUCAGGAACAAUUAGUAAUGUGUACUAAACUUUAUGGACAUGUUAUGUCAUUUUCUUUCUUUUUCUUAUUUCUUUUUUUGUUUUUGUUUUUAAUUGGGGGGGUACGUUCAUUUCCAAAUUUGCAAGGAAAAAAGAGAGGAAAAAAAAAACAGGAAGCGAAACUCCAGGAAUGUGGUUUGGGGGGAGGCCAACGAGCAGCUGGCAUCAAAACUUUUCCCCAAAGCUGUGACAGUUUCAACAAGUGGGUUUUGUGUGUUCGUGUGGCUCCCCCCCCCCACCUCUUCUCCUUGUAUUUUAAUUUUAAAUCUCUUCUGUUGAAACAGAAAAAAAAACAAAAAAAAUGCUUGGAAGUCUUAGGUGGUAUGUAACAAAUUCUAAAAAAAAAAAAAUGAAAUUUUUAAAAAACAGUAUUUAAAUAUUCUUAAAUAUGUAAAUUCAUUAAGUAUUUUACUUCUAAUUUCUUGUACCUUGGCUGUCUUUUUUGAUUUUAUUGCAUUUUUUUAAAAGAAGAAACUGAAUUAUGCUAUGUAUUGUAAUUAAUUAUGUGAAUUCUUUAUCAAGACAGUUACUGUUUGCUAUCGAGUUCGUUUAUUGCGGGGGAAUUUUGUAGGGGGCUGUAUAAUUUCUAGAGAUCUAAAGGAGUAAUAUAAAAACAAUGUGUUAAUUUUUUAGUGAUACUAUUUUUCUUUCUAUGUCUCCAUUUUUGGUUGCAUUUGUAUAUCUAAGGCCUCCAAGCUUCUCUAAAAAAGAAAAAAAAAAACCUUUUGUCUAUUUCAGAAAUAAAUACUGUUAUUUUUAAUAUUAAGAUGAAACUGCUAUUAGUAUCUUUAACAAGCACUGUGGAACAUUAAAUCCUAUAAAAUAGUAGUAACUAUUUUUUAAUUCCAGGGUGUGUGUCUGCUUUUUGCUUUUUAUUUUUCCUUUUGUUUUUAAGUAUUUUCUUACCUUAAUAUUUGUCAGAUUUUACCUAAAGGAAAUAAAAUGAAAUCUAGUAUUAACCAUAGGUAUGCUCUGAAUAAUUUUUUGAUUUAAUAAAAGGGAUAUGGUUUCCGGUGUUUAUUGUAGUGUUUUCUUGUACAGAUAACAGUGUAUUUUUAAAGAGAAAAAAAAAACGGAAGUAAAGCUAUUUUUUUCUUGACAUUUUUAAUUGAUCUGCAGGACAUUCCGUUUUGAAUUGUACUGAAGUUACUGUUUUAGGAUCUUCCCUCCCCCCCUUCCCAUUUCUUUAUAAUGCUUGAAAUGUCUAACUGUAUACAAAAACACAAUUGGAUAAUGUUGAGCAUGAUGUUUUAAACAAAAAAUGUUCUUUUUAUUUGACUGACAGUUGCAUUUUACACUCUCUCUAUAAUAAAAAAAAAUUCCACAUGAUA